UCCGACUGAUCAUCCAGUCCAUGAACCUUACUCCGAAUGUCUCCUGACCAGCAAUACCCAUAGCAUACUGUAGUACACAGUAAGUACGGAUGAAAAUCCAAGACUCCAAACCAAAAGACAACUUACCACAAACCGAACAACUCCACUCACCGGCCCGCCCGAACGAAUGGUUGGCCAUGCUUUAUCAACCAAUCGCUCGCGGGCUGAUCAGUUUUGGAUCCGGCCAGCAAAUCUCUUCCUGUCCCUCCACCGUCUCCGUCUCAGUCUCUUUCCACUGUUCGCUCUACCCUUCGAUCCAUGACUGUGUCCCUCGUCUGUCUCCAUUCAUCAUUCUUCCCUCCCUUAAUCACGAUUAUUGCUUUUAUCUAUUCCUUUCCUGCAUAUCCGUUUCACUCCCACUCCCUUUGGGUUUGGGCUGUCAGCUGUUGCUCCUCCAGUCUAGGCCCCCCUUAGUGGCCGCCUUUUUUUUUUCACUACUCUUUCCACCACCCCCCCCCUCCCCCCCCCUUGGAUCUCCCUCCAUCAACUGGAACCCCCCCAAUCUCUCUCCGUCUCCUUUCAGCCCAGUCGGUCUGCUGGCCUGUCGUGUCCCCAUCGGCCCAAUCAAGAUCCUCCUCUUCCCAUCUUUCCCUUUAAUCUUAAAAUUGACCCUUGGUGAUCUUCUUGCAUUUUAAUUGCUCCUAUUUUCCCCUCAUUCUCGAUUCCGUGGGUUGUUCCAGAAAAAUCCAUAGGCAAUUAAAGCCACCGAUCACAGGCCACUAAGGCUUGAGGAGAUCCGGGCUUAGUCUCGCAUUCGUCCAUCCCUGGAUUCCCGCGAGUCAGAGAACCGUUCGGAACUCUGACACUGA